CAUGUGCAGUUCAGCUUCAGCAUCAAAGCAGUUGAGCGGGAAACUAUUUCCGGUAAACAUCUGUGUUACAAUUCAUCACUUUCUGGAAGAACAAUGCCUUCUUUGGAUAAUUGGCUUGAAACACCUCAGGAAAUCAUUCAAAAAAUCUAUGAAAAGCAUGGUGGCCGUUCGCCUUGGGAGAAAGAAGUUGAUGAUUACUUCACUUCAAGAAUGGCAAAUAUGGAAGCAUGGGUUUCCAUUCCUUCUCUGAAUGAGGUGCCCAUUAAAGAUCUCAGGCAUGGACAAUUGGUCAGGUUUCGAGGAAUGUUUCAGGAUCAACUUGGUCCGGAAAUGUAUGGUUCUGGUGCUCUAAUAAAGAACACAGCUUCUGGAUGUAAAAAAAACAUAACAGGAAAAUUUAAGGAUGAACUGUCUCUAGGGCUUGAUGAAGAAGUUAUUCACUGGAAUUCUACAGAAAGCAGAUCAUGCUAUUACUGUGUGCCAGUACCUGGGGAAACUCCAUGGGUUAAACAAAUCUUCAGAGAGAAGAACAAAUUUCCUGAUGUGCAGCCCAGUAGAAGUCUCUUAGUUGGAAAGAAGCGUACCUUUGAAGAAGAGCAAGAUGACUGUGAAAUGAUGGAAGAAGGGGAGCCUAACAAACGGCCUUGUCCUCGUACAAGCAACAACGUAGCAAGCGCAACAAACGGAAAUUUGGAAAAAAUACUAAAUUUUCCUCUACCGUCAUCCGAGUCUGUUGGCUGCAUAGUUAAAGUAUACAGUGACGAUGAGAUCCCCUUAAAUGAUGUUAUGGAGGUGGUUGGCGUCCUUUCCUUCAACACCCCGGGAGUCUUAGUCGACGAUGAUGAACGUGAAGAUUUCCAACCUCCUUCAUCGGUUGUCCCCCGAAUCCAUUGCAUUCGCACUCAAAAAUGGGAGCACAACAAUCCAUAUUUGCCCUUGCAUGGCGGACAAAAAUGGGUCGAAGAUACAACGAUUGUGACAGCGUCAUCAACUACUGUUCGUGACGAACUUCAUGGACUGUUUACCGAAUUCUUCUUAGGAGAUCGUUUUGCUGCGGACUAUCUCCUCUGUCAUCUAAUGUCACGCGUGUACAGCCGAAAGGACACAUUGGCCCUUGGCAAAUUAUCGUUGAAUCUGACUAACAUUCCAGUUGACAAUGGAAUUUUUCAAGAAAGUUAUCCUCGUGCCUUAUUCAGCUUAUUGGAGCGUCUUGUUACCAAAGCACAUUACUUACCAAUGUCUCUAGAAAAUCUAAAUACUCUCCAAAUGAUUCCAAAGAAAGACUACCAAGAAAACAGACUAAUAGCCGGAUGUCUUCAACUUAGUUCUCAAACACACUUAGUUCUCGAUGAAACUGCUAUGACAGAAGGGCAAUUGGUCGCAGAUGGGGUGCGAAACGUCACCGCGAUUGGUAACAUCACGUCAUGGCAGAAAAUUGAAUAUGACUUCAAUUAUCAUCAAGUGGAAUUCCAUACCGAUAUCCCCGUUCUGAUUCUAUCCGAACGGCGUUCUAUUGUCGCCACAGACGUAAAUCUACCGCUGAGGCUGAGCUUAUCACGUGGGAGUCCGUUCCCUGAUCUUGUUAAUAAGGUGGAAGGCGAUCCCGAACUGCUUGUGCGAAUGAGAAACUACCUUACAGUAGUGAGACUUUUACCCUUUAAACUCGAUGACACAAUGCAAGAAGCAGUUCAACAGGAUUUUAUCCAGAGUCGUGCUCCAGGUCAAACUAACCCGAUGUCCACAGAAGAUUUUCAUCUAUUGCUUGUUUUGUCCCGUUUAUUGGCAAUUACGUACGGUAAAUCAGAAUUAAAUUUUGAUCUUUGGCAGAGGGCAAAGUCAAUGGAAGCCGAGCGUAAAAGCCGCUUGUUGCAUUCCAGGCGUUAAAAUGUAUUAUUGUAUGCUGUGUAAAAUCAAACUUAAAAAUAAAUUUCAUCAUGUUUU